CCAGUGCACUGGGGUCGAGACUCAUAUCCCACGCAGGGGCAGUGGAGUUCGACCCUGAGAGGCUGAGAGAAAGGGUAUUUAAAGGGAGAAACCACAACCCGAGAGGGGAGGGAUGGGGUCAUUGGAAAGUGUGAAGAAUACCAGUGAAAAGUCACAAGGAGAAACUCUGUUUCUCCAGAUUGUUUCCUAGGAGCAGCUGCUUCCUGCUUCUCAAGAUUGUUUAACUUUAUGGUCGGCUAGUUCCUAGGAGAAGCUGCUUGAACAAGCAGAUGUAAUUACCUAUUCUAUAGCCCUAGGAGAGGAUUUCUGGAAUGUACAAUUCUGAGGCCUAACCAGUUUCUUCUGUUCUAAACUUUGUGUCUAGGGGGGGCAACUUUAAAAUUUUUAACUUGACACUACGCUAGAGCAAGAUGGCUGACCCGGCGGCCCGGCCUGGUGGCUCCAGAACGAGAGCAGGAAAUAAACAGUCCACUAACCCUGCUGAUAACUACCACCUGGCCCGCAGGAGGACCCUGCAAGUGGUUGUGAGCUCUUUGCUGACAGAGGCGGGAUUUGAGAGCGCGGAGAAAGCGUCUGUGGAGACGUUGACAGAGAUGUUACAGAGCUACCUCUCAGAAAUAGGGAGAAGCGCCAAGUCAUACUGCGAGCACACAGCCAGGACCCAGCCCACACUUUCAGACAUCGUGGUCACACUGGUUGAAAUGGGGUUCAAUGUUGGCAUUCUACCUGCUUAUGCAAAACGGUCUCAGAGGAUGGUCAUCACUGCACCUCCGGUGACCAAUCAGCCAGUGACACCCAAGGCCCUCACUGCAGGGCAGAACCGACCCCACCCGCCACACAUCCCCAGCCAUUUUCCUGAAUUUCCGGAUCCCCACACGUACAUCAAAACACCGACGUACCGCGAGCCAGUGUCUGACUACCAGGUCCUCCGAGAGAAGGCCUCAUCUCAGAGGCGGGACGUGGAGCGAGCACUCACCCGCUUCUUGGCCAAGACAGGCGAGACCCAGAAUCUCUUCAAGGAUGAUGUCAGCACUUUUCCCUUGAUUGCAGCCAGAUCUUUCACCAUCCCCUACCUCACGGCCUUGCUUCCCUCUGAGCUGGAGAUACAGCAGAUGGAAGAGAUGGACUCCUUGGAGCAGGACGAGCAAACAGAUACAGAGAACAUCGCGCUUCAUAUCAGCUCGGACGAAUCCGGAGCUGAGAAGGAGAAUACUUCUGUCCUGCAGCAGAACUCCUCCUUGUCCGGCAGCCGGAACGGGGAGGAGAACAUCAUCGAUAACCCCUAUCUGCGGCCCGUGAAGAGGCCCAAGAUCUGGAGGAAGAAGUCCCUCUCGUGACCUCAGAAGGAAGCCGCCCUGUAAAGGGGAGAACACUGCUUUCCUGGGGGAGUGGAACCACAGAGGGAAGAGGAGGGGGCGUCCGUCCUCUGGCCAUGUCCAGGCCAUGCCAUUUAGUAGCAUCUUUCUCUGAAGACAGCCUGUUGUGCUUGAGUGUGUGGAGGAAACCAUAGUGCAACAGGGCCAGGACUGCUGGUGACUCCAUUGAUCAAUCAUGGGACGUGAUUCCUUUGGAACUGGAGAGCUAUGGAAGAGCCAGAAAGAAGGCUCAUGUCUCUCUGGCUUGCCGAGAAGACAGCCAAGUGUAUCUUCCAGACCUCUCAGAUCCCUGACCAUAUAAACCCAUCAAGUUCUCCCUUCUCACCUAGGCCCCAAGGUCCUGGCUGAGCAGAUGGAAAGUGACUUUGUAGCUCACCGUGUUGGAAACAGGCCCACAGCUCACCUCUGAUGUAGGGCUGCCAGAAGCUAGGAGCACAGGAGUCAGUAUCAAUGACAGUGGUCAUGGGGCAGCACUUGAUUAGAGCUGACCACAAUGAAGGUGAAGCACCCUUCUGGGAAAGCUGGUCUGACCAGAGGCUGGGAUAGAGUUAGCUAUCCUGUGACUUAAAAAGGGGCCGUGGAUUUCAGGCACCACGAAGAGGACUUAGCAGGUAGGAGAGGACUGAGCUUAGCUGAGAAAGCCAGCUGUGGUAGAAAGCUCACUUGCCUGUGGGAGGGGCUGAGAGGACCCUGCUGAGGCAUCGGGAUCCGCCCUCCACUACCUCCCUGGAGAGAAGACACCACUCUACACUUCCCCACGAAUCAUGAAUCGGGCUUCCAAAGAAAGAUGGGAGGACACGUGGAAAUUGAGAUAACAUGGAGAAGGUGUUCCUUGGUUGGAAUGCCUCCUCCAUCCUGGCGGCCGCUGCUUCUCCUUCAGUCUUGCUCGCUCUUUUUUCAGAGACAGGCUCUCUGUAUCCCAGGCUCAGUGUCUUCCUGCCCCUGCUGCAGGUCCAGGUGUGCGCCCCAUGCUUGGCAUCGGUGAGCUGGCAGAGGCCCCGCCUUCCCUGCUGAUCUCGAGGGUCUUUGGUCCCCUUCCUGGAGGGACAGAGCUCUGUGUCUGGAAUAGAAAGACAAGGGAUGGUGAGGAAAUGAGCUUUCUCACCUCUGGGCCGAACAGGAAUUUUCACUGUGACUCAGAACUUCCAGGUCAGAACAGGAAGACUGACCUGUGUGGCUCCCAAGAGCUCUUGACAACUUGACAACUUGGAAUCUAGUCAAGGUCAGACAGGAGGUGUCACACCCUGCUGUUCCGGUGCGUCUAGUGAGUACAUCUGUAAUCCCUUCACUAUUCUCGCCGUCAGGGGGCCAAUGCCUGUUGAGAAUAUUGGGGGAGGAGGCGGGGUUCUUACCUGAGGCCUCAGAACUGCGCGCUGUCUUUCUUUCUCUAGGAAGAGAGAUGCUGGGACGUGGAAUGCGCUGAAGCGUAUAACUCUCAUUGUGUGUACGUUUAUAGAUUUCUAUUUUUUAUAAUUGGGGGUCUUAUCAGAAGGAAAAAUAAAGUGAAAGGCCUUAUGAAAGGCCUGUAAUAAAAAUUCAGAAUAAAAAAAAUAAAAACUUUUAUCUUUCACUAGGAUAGAAGAAGGGGGAGAGAUCACCAUGUCAGGGAAGAAGAGCAGACAUAUAGGCCUGCCUCAGUCUACCUGCCUAGUCAUUGGCUGUUGGCUCUUUGUUGAUCAAUCAAAAACCAUUUGGUGAUGAGGAUCUUUAGCAUUUGGACUCUCACAUUUCCAAUUUGGAGGGCAGGAUUGAUUCAUUUAAA